AUGAGGAAGAUUUUGCGCAAGAAGCGAAACGGCGAGUACACGGGCAUCACCUCCAUCGACCCGUCCUUGUUGCCCGAGGACUCCAUACCGCUGCUGGUGUUCGUCAACAGCAGGAGCGGCGGGCAGCUGGGCGGCUACCUGUUCAACCAGCUGGGGAAAAACCUCAACCCGCUGCAGGUUGUCGACCUGUACAAGACGGAUCCCAAAGUCGCGCUCCGGCAGUUCUGCGACUUGCCCAGGGUGCGGGUGCUGGUGUGCGGCGGGGACGGGACGGUGGCGUGGAUCCUGCAGGCGCUCGAGGCGCUCGAGGAAAUCGACCCGAAGCCCCCGGUGGGUAUCUUGCCCCUGGGCACCGGCAACGACCUCGCGCGGGUCCUCGGCUGGGGCGGCGGUUUCGCCAACGACCUCAUCUCCGAGCUGCUCAUGCAGAUCCAGGAGGCGCACCCGGCUGUGCUGGACCGAUGGGAGGUCAACAUCACGCCGCAGGACCCGGGGGCGCCGCCGCCGAGCCCGAAAAAGAAGCCCAAGGAGAACUACCUGGGCAUCGGCGUGGACGCACAGGCGGCGCUCAGGUUCCAUCGCACGCGGAACGUCCGGCCGCAGCUGUUCUUCAGCGCGUUCACCAACAAGCUCCUCUACGGCAUCUUCGGCGCCAGGGAUUUCGUGGAGCACAGCUGCGCGGGGAUGCACCAGCACGUGCACCUCAUCGCGGACGGCGUCAGGCGCGAGCUGCCGCCGGAGACCGAGGGUAUCAUCCUGCUGAACAUCAACAGCUUCGCGGGCGGUGUUCGGAUGUGGGAGAGCAGCGAGGGGUACGGCGCGAGCUCCAUGCAGGACGGCAUGGUGGACGUGGUGGUGGUGUUCGGCGCGCUGCACCUCGGGCAGCUGAACUGGGGGGUGGACAAGCCGGUGCGCAUCUGCCAGGCUCGGCACGUCAAGGUGAUCGUCGAGCGUGGGUAUCCGAUGCACGUGGACGGUGAGCCGUGGGAGCAAGCGGCGUGCACCAUAGACAUCGGCUUACGGAACAAGGCGCUCAUGCUUCGCAGAACGGCGGAUGCGCGCGGCAUGAGCAUCGUGAAGAUGGCUGACACCCUGGAGUGGGCGCAGCGCGACGGUGUCAUCUCGAACGAGCAGCGGGAGGUGAUCAUGGCCGAGGCGUACAGACGCGCGGAGAGCGAUCGGAUAGCGGCGGGGGCGCACGGAAGGAGCGGAAGCUUCGGCAACCUGGUCUCCCGGCACAGGAGAGGGAGGUCCUCCGGCUCAAUCGGCGCAAACGACGACGACUACUAUUAG